ACACAUAUGUAUAGAGGCAUAAAGGCAUAUACAUUUAUAUAGACUUAAAUUAUUUAAGUUUAGAGAUGAUUAGCUAAUGACAUAUAGAUGUAGAUAGAUUGGCAUAGGUAUAGAUAUAUAUGUUUACCUGUGUAUUUUGUUCGCAUUUAUUCAGUUUAAACUAGCAAACGCGUUGAUUUUCCCCGGCCUUGCCUUCCGCUUGGAAUGCACGAGCCGACAACUGGGCUGAGAGCAAGUCCAGGGAUAGGCGAUGACGUCAGCCGGGCGUGGGUCGGCCCGCUACCCAAACCAAGCGUUCUCAGCUGCGUUUAGACAGCACUUCCCUCUGGGACGCCUCUGUCGCCUUUGCAAUUUCCAGUCUUGCUCUUUCGAAGUAUAACAUCGAUGACGCUGGGGAUACUCGCAAACCUCAACACUGUUGUUUUAAAUCGUGUUGUUUUGCGUGAUAUUAGAUGUCACUAGGUAUUCUUGACAAAAAAACAAACAAACAAAAAAAAACAGAAGUUUUUCACUAGGCGAUGGAGUCAACGUCAUUUUCUUUGCUAGGAUUUGUCUUGUUACACAGAAGAAACCAUAAGGCGAGGAGGCCAAGGUGAACGGCUUGUAGCGUAGGCAAGGCGCAGCUCUAGGUUCUGUGGAUACCUGGUGGAGCCAGCUGGAGGUCUAAGGGCAAUCAGUGAGAGAAUCUGUGGGACCCUUUAGACGCAUUUCAUCAAUGGAAAGCGACAGUGUAGAUGCGUUGAAUGCUGUCCCUAGGUUAUAACCACUGAAGUAGGCCGGGUACUCGUGGCCUCAGUCUUGUUUCCAUUCUUCUCACUACAUACCGAAAAUAGAUAAUGUCAUCCAUUCUCCUGAUAAUUAUAACAUAUUGGACAUUCUCUUUGAUAAGUAUAAUCCUUAAGCAGCUAAAGGAUGAGGAUGGUAAAUUCAUAUACAGGGGAUGAGGUGAAACGUGCUGAGAAACACUUUAUUAAUGUAUACAAAUAGAGCUAAGCUUAUGGAUUUCAAGUUGCAAAUUUAAUAUAUCACUGAUAUCGCCAACUAAAUUGUGUUAGAAGUUUCGACUGUAACAAACAUAAAAAUAGUACAUAGAAGAUCAAACCCGGCAGCAUAAGACCUCUGAAGGUUUUGGAUCUAAGGAUUGAAGAUGAAUCAACUCAGGAAGUUAAGGUGGGCUGGGCACCAGACCCAGGGUCAACACAAGAUCUGUACAAGGUGCUAUACCAAGAAGUAGAAGCUUUUAAUGGAGAUUCACGCACAAGGAUGGUUGUAGAAGAAGUUGCAAGGGAGGAACUUUAUCCUGGCAGAAAUUACUCAGUGUCUGUCUCUGCUGUUUCAAAUAAUAUUGAAAGUGAAGCCGUUUCUCUCUACAUAGUCACUAAACCGGCAUCUCCAAUCAUUGAAGAGCUGCAGCCAAUUCCUCAGGGCCUCAACAUAUCUUGGAAAAGUGAUGUUACUUCUCGCCAGGAUAAAUAUGCUGUAGUUUAUAUCAGAAAUGAUACAGGUGAACCUGUUACACGGAUAAUAGAGGAGGAGCAUGUUCUGUUAGAGGAUCUAUUCCCAGGAGCUGGAUAUGAGAUUAAAGUGUAUGCCAUAUCACACAACCAGUGGAGUGAACCUCAUGUAUACUUUCAAGCAGUGUACCCAAAUCCUGUUCGCAAUCUGACAAUCAGUGACACCACAAAUACUUCUGUGACCUUAGCAUGGCAGCCCCCAAUAGAGUCCUUAUUCACGCACUAUAUUGUUAGGUCCCGAACUGUUGAAUCAAGAGACUGGGUUGUACUGCAAGCAGUUAAUAAAACUGUAGCAAUUGUUGACCACUUGCAGCCAGGAGAGCGUUAUGUAAUACAAGUUCGUUCAGUCUCUCAUUAUGUUGAAAGUUUCACUCCUCAAGAAGUUGAGCAAACUGUUCCACCAAACCCUGUAAGAGGAAUUACUCCAAUUCUUGAUUCUCAGAAUAUUACCUUUGAAUGGCCUAGACCAGAGGGCCGAAUUGAUUUAUAUACUAUUAUUUGGUGGAAUGAUGCUACUCCAGAUAGAAAGAAAUCGAAAGAAAUUCCAGGGACCCAGGCAACUGAAGGAAUAGAGAGAAAGUUGACCAUUUUGAUUGGAGAGCUGAGGCCAGGAGAGCUGUAUCAUUUCCAGGUGUAUACCACUGCUCAUGAAGUGAACAGCAAGGUUGCAGAACUCUCUAGCAGAACAAUGCCUGUCAUCACAUCAGAUAUAACUAUUGUUAACCAGCUAGAAACCAGAUCAUUCACUAUCAGGUAUACUCCAACGCCACGCUCUGUAGCAACUUUUGACACCUACAGAUUCAUGCUAUCUGAUCCAUCUAUACCUGUUAAGGAGAAAUCAGCAGUCGAUGAUGAUCGUAAGAUAAUAUUCAAUGGACUAGUGCCAGGUCGUUUGUAUAACAUCACAGCCUGGACAGUAUCAGGAGGUGUAACAAGCCAGCCACUCAUACGCCAAGAUCGACUGUAUCCUGAACCUGUCUCAAACAUCAGUGCUUCAUACAUAUCAGAUACUGAAAUUACUUUAUCAUGGAGUAAACCAAAUGGAGAUUAUGAUUCAUUCGAGGUGCAAUAUCUCCGCGAUAAUGACCUCUUUACCAAUAGCACAAAGCAGGAUUCCAUUACCAUCACGAGAUUGCGACCACAUCGAAAUUAUACUUUUACAGUCCUUACUAGAGCUGGAAGCACUAGGAAGUCAACACCUGUGUCUGUAGCAUUUACAACAAGUGAAAGCACUCCUGGGAAGGUUGACGAAUUUGAACCAAUUGAAGUAAAACCAAACCAAGUCACAUUUAGGUGGUCAUUGCCCCCUGAUGAGCAAAAUGGUGUUCUUUUAGGCUUCAACAUUAGAUAUGGAAUCAAGGAUACUGCUCCAGUAAAUGUAAAACAUUUUAAGCCUGAUGAACUGAUUGGUGUAAUCCCAAAUCUCAUCCCUGGGAAAACUUACGCCUUCCAAAUAGAGGCCACGACAAAGAUUGGUUCUGGACGCAUAAAAUAUUGGGAAGAAACCAUGCCAGUUUGGCCACCUCCUCAACCAGGCAUUCAGGUUUUCCCAACAGAAGUAUCCCGUACCUCAACUACUAUUCGUAUUCGUUACCGGAAAAAUUAUUUUUCCAACCAAUAUGGGCAAGUUGUUGGAUACACCAUCAUCGUUGCAGAAGAUUAUUCCAAGAAAUCAGAAGGUCUUGAGUUGCCUGCCUGGCAAGAUGUUCAGAGCUAUAAAUUCUGGCCUCCAUAUCAGGUUGCAGAAAUGUACUAUCCAUUUAACAAAUCAUCAGUUGAAGAUUUUACUAUUGGGAUUGAGGAGGACUGUGAUACUCGUUCUGGUUAUUGUAAUGGACCACUUAAACCAGGAACUACAUACAGGGUUAAGAUACGAGCUUAUACAGAAAGAACUAAGUUUGCUGACACACACUUCAGUCAUUCAAUUACAACAGAUUCAGAGAGUGGGAAUGUUGGGUUAGCAGUGGCAAUCCCAGUCCUCCUCCUUGUGUUGAUUGUAGUUAUAGUAAUGAUCAUAAGACGACGCAGAUCUUGUGGAUUCACAAAAAGGGCUCCAGAUCCAGGCAGUGACAUGCAUUCUCUUCCAGAUUCUAUAAUAGAAACAAGCCGUCCAGUGAAGUUGCAAGACUUCGUAGCACAUUACAGAUUUAUGUCUGCAGACUCAGAGUACCACUUCUCAGAAGAAUAUGAAGCGCUCAGUCAUGUUGGAUGUGAUCUCCAGCGCAAUGCUGCAUAUAUGUCUGUCAAUCGCCCAAAGAAUCGUUUCACAAAUAUUUUGCCUUAUGACCAUUCUCGCUUCAAAUUGCAACCCACAGAUGAUGAAGAGGGGUCUGAUUACGUCAAUGCAAAUUAUGUACCAGGUUAUAAUUCUCCAAGAGAGUUCAUAGUAAGCCAAGGUCCUCUCUUAUCCACCCGGGAUGAUUUCUGGAGAAUGUGUUGGGAAAGUAAUUCACGUGCUAUUGUGAUGCUGACGCGCUGUAUAGAAAAGGGUCGUGAAAAAUGUGACCAUUAUUGGCCCUAUAACACACAACCUGUUCGUUACGGAGAUAUUCAAGUGACUAUCCUUAAUGAGAGUCGUUUCCCAGACUGGACCAUCUCGGAAUUCAGAGUUUGCAAGGGAGAUGUUUGUCGAGUGGUUCGGCACUUCCACUUUACAACCUGGCCAGAUUUUGGUGUCCCUGACCCACCGCAAACACUGGUCAGAUUUGUACGAGCUUUCAGAGAAAGAGUUGGUCCAGAUCAGAAGCCAAUUGUUGUGCACUGCAGUGCUGGUGUUGGGAGAUCUGGAACUUUCAUUGCCUUGGACAGGAUAUUAUUCAGCCUUCGCACAUCUGACUAUGUGGAUAUAUUUGGUAUUGUAUACGAGAUGAGGCGAGAAAGAGUAUCUAUGGUACAAACUGAGCAGCAGUAUAUAUGCAUCCACCAGUGCCUUCUAGCUGUUUUAGAAGGAAGAGAAAAUGAACACCCAGUACAUGAAAUUCAUGAUAAUCAGGGUUAUGAAGAUGAUGAAGGGAUAGUGGAGUCGGGUAUGUGACAGGAGGCGUAUGGGUUGCAACCACUUGCAACCUAUACUAAAUAUGGAAAUGACAUGAGUAUUGGACCAGACAGACCUUGAAAACUUGUCAUAAGAAAAAAGAGUUCAGGAAUAUGAGGAAGAUUGUAUUUUUUAUAAAGAUAAUUUCAACUACUUCAACUCAAGUACUGUAUCAGAUAAAACUAAUUUAGAUCUUCAUGUUUGUCUGUAAUGAAUUUACCAUUAUUGAAGUGCUCUAUGUAGAGUGAUGGGAAUCUGUGUGGAUAGUUCUUAGUAGGAAUUAAUAGGCUAAAUUAUCAUUUAGCUGAACUGAAGAUUGGUUUAUAAUUUUAAAAGAUCACAUUUUAUUGAAAAUGAACAGUAUACCAAUAACCCCUAUGUAAAUAGUGAAAACUGGAAUUCAGUAUAGUCAUAUUUGUUAUAUGUAUAAUUGUGCAAUUUGAUGUCAGUGAAAAAAAAUGUAACCAUAGCAAGUAAAACAUAUGUGCCAUUACAUUUGGGAGAAAGUAAGAGGUAAUGAUUCCAUCCUCAAAUAUUUUCUUUUAUUCUUUUCAUAUAAUUGUAAAAAGCUACCCUCUGACAUUCUUUCUCUCCUUCAUCUUUUCACUCUUCUUUAUGAUAGUGAAGCGUGUUCAAAUACAUCAUGGCAUUAUUGUUGUGAAUAAUACCAUUUUUAUAUGUAAAUGAAAUGUUGCACACAGUGCCUACAGGUACAUGACUACAGGUGAUGUAGAGUAGCUUCAGAUUGUAUAUGUAUUAACUUAUUGUUUGUUUUUUGUAAAUAUAUUAUAACUAUUUUUUUAAGUUUAUACUUGCAUAUUUGAACCACUCAUGUAAAAUGAGGGUUUGAUACUGGGGCCACAAAAUGAUAUAAAAGAUAUGGAUUAUGGGUUUAUGGAUGUUGUUGUAUAGGUUAUAUGUAUAUAUGUGUAUAUUAUUUUUUUGUGUAUUUUUAUAAUUUUUAGGACUUUGUUAUGACUGUCCUCUUAUGAAAGCUGAACAUUUCAUGUAAGUAGAAUCAGCUGUGUUCGAGGAUUCCGUUCACAUGUGUAAAAUCAAUCAUAAGUAAGUAAUUGACGUACAAGAGUAUUUGUUAAUAUUUUCUAACAUGGGCAAUAUCUGUGUGUUCUAUUUUUUCAAAACACUGAAUACUCUAUCAGUGUUUUUGAUUUUAAUAGCAUCAUAUAGCUUGAUGUACAUGUCCCUUUGCAAUUAACAGUUAACAGGUCUUUGAAUCUGCUUACCUCAUGAUUAUGCUCAAUGAUCAAAGCUUCCCUGUGAGUUGUUUCAUUUGUAAUUCAUGUACAAUGUUGUAUUGAUUUUUAAAACCCAGUUUAUAUUUGUGCAUACAAACUUGUGUAUAUAUGUAUAUGCAUAAUUUUACACAUAUUUGUAUGUGAAUGUGCAUUUAUACAUAUACACUUUAUUUUUCUACAGAAUAUUAUAAUGCAAAUAGGAAAUUUCACUGUAGAGUAUCCACAGGGUAAAGGAAUAAAGGACCUGCUAUCCUUUAGGACCCAGUGAUAUAUCAUAUCUUCAUUGGAUUAGUUAUAUAUUUUUUGAAAAUCUGAGCAUCUGUUGGUUCUUUAUGAAACAAAGUUAUUAGAGGAACAUAUGACAGUUGUAGUCAGUAAUUCAAGAAAUUGUAUUCCAACUGGUUUUGAAUUUACUUCAGGUUUAGAUUUCAGUGAAUUAGAAUACUUGUUUUAUAAUUUUUAUUACUAUUAUUUAUAUUUUUUAAAUUUCAUUAGCAGUAUUAUUAUUAUUGUUUUGUUAUUAUCACCAGUAUUAUUGUUAUUGUUAUUUUUAU